GUCUCGAGCGCAGGAAUCCGUCGCGUAACGUUUGUUGUCAGCGCGCGCGAGGGGGGCUUUCACGGUUUCUUUUUUUUUUGGGGGGUGGGGGGGAAAGAGGAAGAGAGGAAACAUGGACGCUUUAAAUAAGCUGAAGCAGUUUGACGCUUACCCCAAAACUCUGGAGGAUUUCCGCGUGAAGACGUGGGGCGGAGCGACCGUGACCGUCAUCAGCGGCGUCAUCAUGCUGAUCCUGUUCAUCUCGGAGCUGCAGUACUAUCUCACCAAAGAGGUUCACCCCGAGCUUUACGUCGACACGUCGCGAGGAGACAAACUGAAGAUCAACAUCGACGUCCUCUUCCCCCACAUGCCGUGUGCCUAUCUCAGCAUAGACGCGAUGGACGUGGCCGGCGAGCAGCAGCUGGACGUGGAGCACAACCUGUUCAAGCAGCGGCUGGACAAAGACCUGAAAGCCGUCACCCUGGAGGCCGAUAAACACGACCUCGGUCUGGCCGACGACGGGGAAGUGUUCGACCCCAGUUCACUGGACCCCAGUAGAUGUGAGAGCUGCUACGGAGCCGAGACCGAAGACCUCAAAUGCUGUAACACCUGUGACGACGUGCGCGAGGCGUACCGGCGGCGCGGCUGGGCGUUCAAGAACGCGGACACCAUCGAGCAGUGCAAGCGGGAGGGAUUCUCCCAGAAGAUGCAGGAGCAGAAGAACGAAGGCUGCCAGGUCUACGGCUUCCUGGAGGUCAACAAGGUGGCAGGAAACUUCCACUUCGCUCCAGGAAAAAGUUUCCAGCAGUCUCACGUCCACGUCCACGACCUGCAGAGCUUCGGCCUGGACAACAUCAACAUGACCCAUCUGAUAAAGCACCUGUCAUUCGGUGAAGAUUACCCCGGCAUCGUGAACCCUCUGGACGAGACGGACGUCACGGCGCCACAAGCAUCAAUGAUGUACCAGUAUUUCGUGAAAAUCGUUCCCACCAUCUACGUGAAAACCGACGGCGAGGUGGUAAAAACGAACCAGUUCUCGGUCACCCGGCACGAGAAGGUGGCCAACGGGCUGAUUGGGGACCAGGGUCUGCCGGGCGUGUUUGUUUUGUACGAGCUGUCGCCCAUGAUGGUGAAGUUCACAGAGAAGCACAGAUCAUUCACACACUUCUUAACGGGGGUUUGUGCCAUUAUUGGAGGCGUGUUUACAGUCGCCGGUCUCAUCGACUCGCUCAUCUACCACUCGGCUCGGGUCAUCCAGAAGAAGAUAGAGCUGGGCAAGGCGUCCUAACGGCACCUUGACCCUUGACCCCUCCACCCUAACCCCGCCGGCCUGCACGGUGCGAAACACACGAGAGACGGAGACACGCAGAGAGAGUUUUAAAGCUUAAUUCCUCUUUCUUCGUUCUGAAAAAGCACUGGAGAUGGACUUUAUUUUUUCUUUUUUUUUUGCUCUUGGAAAUCAAAUUUCUUCGUCCGCCUCCAGAAGCUCUUCGGGGUGGGGGUGGGGUGGGGGGUGGAGGGGGGGGACCUCCUUCCCUUCCCUUCCUGGUCACGUCCUGCUUCGGCGUCCUCAAAGUCCGUUAGAGGAUCCAGAGCACAGAGACGCGAGGAACCUUUAAAACCUUUGAAAUGGGAGACGUCGUGACACCGGGACGCAGGAAAAGAGACUUUUAUGGAUAAGUUUGGUCAUAUUUUCUUCUUCUUUUUUUUUUUGUUGUCAACGAAUCCCAUGAAGUAACAAACAAAACCAACGAAGAAGUGUUGUCUCUGUAUCCUCUUCCCCUUCCUCCUCUGGGCCAUUGAGCUCAGACGUAUUAAAAACACAUCAAGCAGCCUCACCGGGGCACUGGGUGACCCCUCCCUUCAUUGUGUACACGGUCACUGUAGUUUACACACACACACACACACACACACACACACACCCCCCCCGUCCUCCUGCCACGCGUGGAUUCAUCCGCCGCUGAAAAGAAAUCCGCAACAAAUGCACAAUUUAUUUAAGGAUCAGCCGUCAGUAGGAACCAGUGAGCUGUUGUUGUUGUUGUUGUCUUUUCAUGGGAUUUGUUGACAAAGCAGAACAAUACAGAAUAUCUCCAGUUAAACAUUUAAA